CCCUGCUACGCUCUUUCUUCGCCACCGUCCACGUUCCUCCAAAGCGCAGCGAUUCUGCGCCGAUGACGCAUGGCCCUGACCAAACAGGGGGACAGAGAGAGAGAAAGAGCGAGAAAGAGCGUGAAAGAGAAGCCACAUGUAGAGCGGGAGAAGGAGCGAGAGAACGGCGUGUAUGACAGGUUGACCGUUCGAAUGGAAGUCGUUUGAGCGGUCGAGAGGAUCCUCCCACGAGGAAGAAUCCCGGUUAGAGAGUGAAAAGAGCUGCUGAGAGGAGGACAGAGAGAGAGAGAGAGAGAGAGAGGGAUUAACGGGGUCGAUAAUAAUCGAGAUACAAUGGCGGGCGAAGACACGCAAAUCCUGGCGAACGGAAACGUGGAGGCGCUCACGAUAAUUCCACCGAAAAUGGCGAACGGGAACGGGCUGAUCUGCGGGAAGCAGCACAACAACAAUGGAUCGAUACCUAAUGGAAAGUUGCACGAAAUAACGGCGGCGGAAAAUGGGAAAUUGAUCAUGUCCGACGAGAAGUCGAGCAGCCUUCACACGGAGUUCGAUGAUGCCGAUGUGUCUUGCGGAUGGGGCCCGUGCAGGCCGCACUGGCUUCAAUAUUUCGCCACGAAGCAGGCCUUCCUGGUCACCUUCUGCAUCACCUGGGUUCUUCAGGGAAUGUACUACACGUACUUCGUCUCGGUGAUCACGACGAUCGAGAAGCUGUUCCAGAUUCAGUCGAAGACCACCGGUAUUAUAAUGUCAGCGACGGAGAUCGGGCAGAUCGGCUCCUCUCUCCUGCUUACGUAUUACGGGGGCCAAGGUCACCGGCCUAAGUGGAUCGCUUGGGGCAUGAUCCUGUUCGCGGUGAGCUCGUUCACCUGCUCCAUGCCCCAUUUCAUCUUCGGUGAACAGCUGAUCCAUCAGAACGAGAUGUUUCUCAGCGGGGUCGAGGGUGGUGACCCGAACAACACCCAUCCGAUUCCUGCCAACCUCUGCAAAUUGCAGGAACGAUCGGAAAACUCCACGCUCGACGGCUGGAUCACGUCCACGACUCAAAUGCACGCGAUGAACGACUGCAAAGGCGACUCGUUGACGGAGCAGAGGAUACAGAGCAAAAUAACGACGGUGGUCCUGGCGAUAUUUUUCGUCUCCUUGUUGGGCGUUGGAAUGGGUCAGACGGCGGUCUACACCCUCGGUAUCCCCUACAUCGAUGACAAUGUGGCCAGCAGAGAGAGCCCGCUCUAUUUCGCGAUCACGAUCGGAGUGAGGAUCCUCGGUCCAGCCCUGGGCUUCAUUCUGGGCUCGUUGUGCACCAUGAUUUACGCGGAUUUGUCGGCGAAUCCGCAAAUCACGCCGACGGAUCCGAGAUGGGUCGGGGCAUGGUGGCUUGGUUUGGUGCUGAUAGCCGCGAUGCUGAUGUUGGUGAGCAUAGGGAUGUUCGCGUUCCCGACGCGGUUGCCCGCGAGCAGGACACCGCCGAAACGGGCCGACGCGAAAAAGCCUAGUCUCCGAGACUUCCCUAAAGCGGUGAAGAGGCUGUUGAAGAACGACAUUCUUAUGUUCCGGACGGCCAGCAGCGUGCUGCACAUCCUACCGAUCGCCGGCCUCUACACCUUCCUGCCAAAGUACCUCGAGAGCCAAUUUCGCUUGCCAGCUCAUCAUGCGAACAUGAUCUCAGGUGUCGGUGGUAUUUUAGUAAUGGGUUUGGGUAUUAUAAUUAGCGGAGUGUUCAUCCUGAGGGCAAAGCCUAACGCCAGGUUCGUCGCAGCCUGGAUCGCCUUCACAGCUGUAAUAUACGCGAUCGGCAUGGGUGUGCUCAUGUUCAUCGGUUGCCCUAUGGACGAUUUCGCUGGUCUAGUUUCCCAUUCUGACGGAUUGUCCAGCUUCGAGCCGACCUGCGAGGCUACCUGCGACUGCGUUCGGAACAAGUUCAGUCCGAUUUGCGGUGCCGAUGGUAAAACGUAUUUUUCCGCGUGUCACGCGGGCUGCUCCAAUUACACGAUCGUCGAUGGCAAAGUUGCGUCGUUUUACAACUGCCAGUGUAUCGGUUCGAAUCUGACAACACCGGAAACGGCAAGCACCGCGACGAUCGGUUACUGCGAGCUCGAGUGCAGUAACUUUUGGGUUUAUAUGGUCCUGUUCUCGGUGUUCGUUUUCAUACACUCGACCAGCGAGGUGGGCUCCAUGCUGUUGAUCCUCAGGUGCGUGGAUCCACGGGACAAGGCGAUGGCUUUGGGCCUCAUACAAUUCGCCAUCGGCCUCUUCGGUAACGUCCCGUGUCCAAUCGUUUAUGGUGCUGUGGUGGACUCCGCUUGUCUCGUAUGGGAAUACGCUUGCGGCGAGCGAGGUGCCUGCUGGCUUUACGACUCGAAUGUCUUUAGAAUGUUCUAUCAUGGUACCACGGGUGGAAUCCUGAUUCUCGCGUUCGUGGUGGACAUAGUGGUGUGGUACAAGGCCGGGAGCAUCAGCUUCGUUGAGGAGCAGGAAGCGGAAGAGGGCACGGUGGAGGAGAUGGCCACCCUGAAGUCGCAGGAUGCGCAGGCGGUGGACAACGACUAUUUGUGAAAGGGUCCCGGCCGACUUCGAUGGUAUCUCAUGAAGCGGAGGCCUGAAUAUAGCGUCGUAAAACCGGGACAAAGGCGUAACGAGGCGUUCCUAACUGACGAGAACUCGGUGCCAGUAGCUUGAGACCGGUCGGUCGACGUCGAUCUUCGCGUGUCACGUUUUUGGGGGGCAGAGAAGGAGAAGGAGGAGGAAGAGGAGAAAGAGGAGGGUUCCUUUUCGUUUUUUUUAUGGAAACCACCAACCAAAAGGGAGAAAACCCCUUUCGACGACGAAGCGAGGAAGAGAAGGAGAAGAAGGGAAGAAUAUCCGAGAGGUUCGAUCCCUUGUACGACACUGGUGCUCGCGUCGAUCGGCCACGAGAGGGAGAGUCCAGGACGAUCGGGAUGACGGACUGUUGGAUGAACGGACACGUGCGGUGCUAAGGCCUUCGUGGAAAUGUUUUUGUAUAAUUUCCACGGAAAGGGGUUGUGCCGAGAUUUCGAAUCGUGUUACAUGGGGGAAGAAGGAGGAGAGAAUAGGUGUAAUGGUUAAGGAAGGCGAACGGAUCGAUAAUCAACGAUUUUGAUUUUUUCUUUGAGCGAACGAUACACGGUAUAUAUAUAUAUAUAUUGGAGACGCGAAUGAUGCGGAGAAGAUGUCUUCCUGAUUCGGCAUCGAGGAACAACGAUUUGAAAUUGUAAGCGAAACGAAUUGCA